CCCGCCCCGGCACCGAUUGUUGACAAAGACACCGCGAGACGGAGUGGAGAAGCGAAAUCGGUCCAAAAAAGCGUCCGGUUCAGGGAUCGAUCCGUUGGACUCGACUUUAAUCCGCAUAUCGACCACAUCUGACCAAAGACGGAAUCGGGAAUCCUCAGUUAUUUGGGUGAAACCAAGGUGUGGUCAAGGUGAUUCGGUAAUCGAUGGUGGUCGGACCGCAGACCUCGUCGUAAGAGGGCCCCCCGCUUCUCUCCUGCGUUUCCCUGUGUCUUGUGAAACCCUUGGCCGGCCGCAGCUCCUAUUUACCGACCAGGCCAGGCGGCGGUCAAGAUGGGUCAAUCCGUCUGACUGAAAGUGCCACCAGUUCAGCGCUCCGAGGGAGGAGGAAGCAGGGAGAAGGUGUAUUCGACGGGAAUGGUGUGAGCUGAGACCGCCAGGCAGUCUGGAUCUAACCGGGGACCCGUCUUUCUCGCGGAGCCUUCGCGGCCCCAAGCCCCGUCCUGAACCCUCCAAGAUGGGGAAAUGUGAUGGGAGAUGCACCCUCUUGGCUAUAUGUUCGCUGCAGUUGGUGGCAGCACUCCAGAGGCAAGUGUUUGAUUUCCUGGGCUACCAGUGGGCCCCCAUCCUGGCCAACUUCCUCCACAUCGUGGCCAUCAUCUUGGGCAUGUUCGGCACCGUGCAGUUCCGCUCCAGAUACCUCAUAUUUUAUGCGGUGUGGCUGGUGAUGUGGGUCGGCUGGAACUCUUUCAUCAUCUGCUUCUACCUGGAGGUGGGACACCUGUCCCAGGACAGGGACUUUCUGAUGACUUUCAACACGUCACUCCAUCGCUCUUGGUGGAUGGAGCAUGGGCCUGGUUGCCUGGUAACGCCGGUGCUCGACUCCCACCUCGCCCCGGACGACCACCAUGUCAUCACCGUUUCUGGGUGUCUCCUUGACUACCAGUACAUCGAGGUGCUGAGCUCGGCACUACAAGUCUUGUUGGCGCUCUUCGGUUUUGUUUACGCCUGUUAUGUGAGCAAAGUCUUCCAGGAUGACGAAGACAGCUUCGACUUCAUUGGUGGCUUUGACUCCUAUGGCUACCAGCCCCCACAGAAGUCCUCGCACCUUCAACUCCAGCCACUUUACACGGCUGGUUAGGUGUCAGCAGUGCCCCCUUGAGGCUAAACCGUGACAGUGCCGCUGUGGAUGGAAACCUGGUCACCAUGACAACACUCUGCUGUGUGUGUCACAAUCACACUGAAGAACGGAUUUCCCCCCCACCCCCCUCAUCCAGGAGGAGAGAGAUGUCUUAGUCUGUGUGUGUGAGAGUGAGAAAGAAAGUAAGAAAGAAAGUGGACUGGAGAGAGUGUGCAUGUGAGCCAGAAUGUUGUGUGUGUUUGGGCUGUGUGUGUGUGUGUGUGAGAGAGAGAUUAGGCGACAUUAGGUGUGUGAAAGUGAGAGCGAGAGAAUGCUAGUGAGAGAGAGACAUUUACCCUGAUAGA